UCUGAGGUGUAGUGUGUCUUAAAAACCUUUCACACUGGCAAAUCCCAGCAACAAUACAUCAAUGAUUCCUACCUUCCUGCUGGUAGGCAUCCCAGGACUGGUGACUACACCAUCAUGGUGGGCCCUAAUUUUUAUUGCCAUUUACCUCCUGUGUGCUCUGGGAAAUGGAGCAGUUCUCUGGGUUAUUGCUGUGGAGCCCUCACUCCACCGCCCAAUGUAUUACUUUCUCUUCCUGCUGGGUGUGUCAGACAUGGGUCUGGUCACAGCACUAAUGCCCACAUUGCUGAAACUUUCCCUUUUUGAUUCCCACACAGUUCCAGCAUUUGCCUGCUUCCUCCAGAUGUUCUUUAUUCAUUUUUUUUCUGUCAUGGAGUCCUCUGUUCUGCUUGCAAUGGCCUUUGACCGGGCACUGGCUAUCUGUCAUCCUCUCCGUUAUUCAGCUCUACUCACAAAUAGUGUAACUAGCAAGAUAGGGCUGGUCAUCAUCUUCCGUUGUGUGAGUCUCCAUCUACCCUUGCCAUUUCUUUUGGCCUGGAUGCCUUACUGCCAUCCCCAAGUCUUAUCCCACUCUUAUUGCUUACAUCCAGAUAUUUCCCGGCUAUCCUGUCCUGGGGCCCAAGGUGCAACCUACAGCUUCUUUGUGGUCUUGUCUGCUAUGGGUUUGGACCCUGUCCUCAUCUUUUUGUCCUAUGCCCUCAUUGGGCAGGCACUUCGUGAUGUAGUUUCACCUGAAGAUCGUCGUCGUGCCCAGAACACCUGUGCUGUACACCUCUCUGCUGUGCUUCUUUUCUAUGUACCUAUGAUACUUCUAGCAUUUACUGACCGACUGAGGUUACCCAUUCCCCAUGCUGCCCACACUUUUCUCUCCUAUAUCCACUUCCUUCUUCCACCUCUGCUCAACCCCGUUCUCUAUAGUGUCAAGAUGAGAGAAGUCAGGGAAAAGAUCCUCAGACAGCUUCAACCUAUGAAAGUCAGAUCUUUUCCAUGAGACAGGAAAUGAGACAAAAGUCAGCAGGGAUCUAAAAAGAUAUAUUGAUUCACCUUUGAGAUUCCAGUGCCAAACACUGGCAUGGCUCUCUUCCCAGUAAAAUGCUUAACAAUAUAUACAAGUAUAUAUAUAUUUGCCCAUAUGUGUACUUGCUUAUGUUUGUUAUUGUAUAUAUCAAGUGCCUACAUGAAUAGAUGGGCAUAUGUCCAUAUCAUGUUAUUCAAUCCUCAA